AUGGCUUUUCGUUAUUCAUUUCAACAAAGUUUAAUUCGUUUACGUCAUAAUAAUGCACAUUUUCUUCGUUCAUUAGCAACAAAUACGACAAAAUCUUCUACAACACAGAAUCAAGGACAAACAGGUUCUCAACAAACUAGUAGUACAAGUUCAUCGAACAAAACAAAAUCUAUUAAAGGCCUUGGCCGUGAUGUAGUCUUUAUUGAUGGUGUUCGAACACCAUUUUUACAAAGUUUCACAUCCUAUAAAGAUUUAAUGGGUUAUCAUUUAGCUCGACAUGCUCUUCUUGGUCUUGUUAAACGAACAAAUAUUGAUAAAUCAUUACCAGAAUAUUGCAUUAUGGGUACAGUUAUUCAAGAAGUUAAAACAUCAAAUAUUGCUCGAGAAGCUUUACUUAGUGCUGGAUUUCCGGAUAAAAUUCCUGCACAUACAGUUACAAUGGCUUGUAUAUCGUCAAAUGCUGCUAUUGCUUCAGCGGCAAAUAAUAUAGCUACUGGUCAAAAUGAUGCUGUAAUUGCGGGUGGUGUUGAUUUUAUGUCUGAUGUUCCUAUACGUUAUCCACGUUCAAUGAGAAAAUUAUUAUUAAAUUUAAAUCGAACUAAAUCAACACCACAACGUUUGGGAUUAAUUACAAAAAUGUUAUCAUUAAAAAAUUUCGUACCUGAAGCUCCAGCUAUUGCUGAAUUUUCUACUGGUGAAAUUAUGGGUCAAUCAGCUGAUCGUUUAGCUGCUGCAUUUGAUGUAUCACGUCAAGAACAAGAUGAAUAUGCUCAACGUUCACAUAAAUUGGCACAGGAAGCAACAGAAAAAGGAUAUCUUGAUGAUAUUGUACCAAUGCAUAUUCCAGGUGCAGCAGAUGUUGUUAGUCGUGAUAAUGGUAUUCGUAUAUCAACUUUAGAACAAAUGAGUAAAUUAAAACCAGCUUUUAUUAAACCGCAUGGAACAAUAACAGCGGCUAGUUCAUCAUUUAUUACUGAUGGCGCAUCAGCAUCAUUAAUUACAUCUGUUGAUAAAGCUAAAGAACUUGGAUUAAAACCAAAAGCUUAUCUUCGACGUUAUGUAUUUACAUCACAAGAUCCAAAAGAUCAACUUUUACUUGGACCUACAUAUGCAACUGCUAAAUUACUUGAUCAAUGUGGUUUAACAUUAAAUGAUAUUGAUGUAUUUGAAUUUCAUGAAGCUUUUGCAGGUCAAAUUUUAGCAAACUUAAAAGCACUUGAUUCGGAUUAUUUUGCUAAAACUUAUCUUAAUCGUUCAUCAAAGGUUGGUGAGAUUCCUCUUGAUAAAUUCAAUAAAUGGGGAGGAUCAUUAAGUAUUGGUCAUCCAUUUGGUGCAACUGGUGUUCGACUUGUAACUACAGCUGCUAAUCGAUUAAUUCGAGAAGAUAAACGUUUAGCUUUAUUAGCUGCUUGUGCGGCUGGUGGUCAAGGUCAUGCAAUGUUAAUCGAACGUUACCAAUAA